AUGCUUCUCCUCGGGCUACCCUCUGAAUUGUUCAACAGGUCUUUUGCCGCGGUCCUGAACCACCAGUUGCUCGCCAAGACUCCAAUCAAGAAGUACCUAGCUUUUAUGGAAUCGGCCGGCUUGCAGCUUCAUCAAGCGAAGUCUCCGUUUCAGGUCGUGGUCGAUCAUGCGGAGACCUACCUAUUGAACCGCAUUCGGAGUCAAGAUGGCUACUUGGACAUUUUCCCAGCAUUCAUCAACAAGCUUGUUGAUGUUAUUAUGCGCUUCAAUCUACCUGAUGACAACGUCAUUGAGCUCCGGGAACAGUACAUCUUGGAUCUCGUCCGAGCCGUCGUAGCCACUACCCCGCGUGACCGACUCAGACAAGGUCUUGCCAUUUGGAUCAAGAAAUAUCUGGUAGCGGCUUAUCCCCGGAUUGUCGACCCAGAAAUUCCCCUUUCGGACGCUCUAGCUGGGGCAGCAGCAGUCGGCAACUUCAAAGCUGUCGCACACUUCUUGAACCACACCACGGACUUCCUCGAACAGCACUUCGGCUAUCACGUUGAUCAUCUCCCUAGCGUACUUGAAGCCGCAGCUAGCACAGGCAAGAGUGUAAUGAUUGAGUAUCUGCUUGCCAAAGUGAAGGUGGGUUUGGAGACGGACAACGAAAGCUGCAAGCAUUACGCCCCUGUCCACGAUUACUCUAAGACCACAACCGAGUGUAAGUGUGAAGACAAAUUCUAUGUCAUCAUAGAAGCCAUCAAGGCAGCCAUGAGAGGGUGUCAUCUGCGAGCAGCAAACAAGUUGAUCGACUUCUUACGAACACGCUUCGUUCGUCUCGCGCAACGAGAUCGACCUGAUUUCCUCCGUCUUGCUAUGGAGAGCCAUAACUUGAACUGUAUCAAGUACUUCCUCAAGGAAGACCAGCGACCGAAGCACAUGCUCAAAAUGGACCCGGAAGUUAUCGCCGCAUAUCACGAGAUUCUCCACAGCGGCAACGUCGAAGUCAUACGCUUUCUCCUGGAACAGGGUAUCACAUUGCAAUCCAACGCAAUCAUCAAGAAGUGGUAA